AUGUAUCUUCUCCGGGUGUUCCCCCCCACGAAAACUUCUUUCCAAGAAAGCAUUUGUGUGCAUCAUCCUCGGAACAAGAGCCAAAUUGUGUUUUUGGCCCCCCUUCUUCUCGCGAUUCGUUUCCGCCGUCCCGUUUUUUUCCCCCCGUUUUUCUCGCCAUCCUCAGGCUCAGAAGCCUGCCAGCCUCCAGAGAGCCCGCGACGAAAUUGAACGUAAAAAGCAGAGGGGGAGGGAGAAAGCAGAGGGGAAAGAAAAAACGGCUAGAGGCUUCUUACUGCUUCGUCUUCGGGAGUUGCUGCAGCUCCGCCGCCGCCGCCUGUCGCUAUCGAUUGCGCCUUGGCUGCCGACGGAGCUGGAGGAGCUCGAGGAGCCACCUACUGCCGGCCACGCCCAUUUUUCUAGCUCUCUCUCUCUCUCCCUCGUCGUCGUCGUCGUGUCCUAUGAGGCGAAAAAAACGCCUUUGAACCUGCCGAACUUUCGGAUUGCUUUGUUGUGA